GCCCGUUUGUCAUCUGUUUUCAGCUUCUUGCGUUUGUGCCUGCUAUCUGGACAUAGAUGCCUACCUAGUUCUUUCCUUUACCUGGUUCAUGAUCGGGGCCACAGUAUUUCGCGUCUGGGUUUCCUUGCACUGUUGGAAGUGAACUGCUUUUUGCAUCUGUUGUCUGGCGUUCGGAUGGAAUGCUUUACUCUACUCGGUAUGAAUGAUUUUCUUCUUUGUUUUUGCUCUAUCGUUAUUUUUUUGUUCGUUUGGUGCCUACAUUUGGAACGCGGUUUAUCUGUACUCGCUUGCCUUAUGCGGGAGUUUGGGGGAUGGGGUUUCUGUUUCUGGAGCUUUUGUUUUCGGCAUCUGCGACGGGAGGUUGCUUGUAUCGAUAUGUGGCUUAUCAAGCUUUGAUUUUUCCGUUCGGUUCUUUACUUUUUUUUUCUUCGUCUUUGUCCGGCUUCUCUUUCUUUUUCCUUUUUUUUUCACCUCUUUCAUAUCUGCUGGUAGCUUAUACUGUACUCUACUUUUAAAUGGUCUGUCUUGUCGCAGUUGCAGUUGCAGUUGCAUUGAUAUCGGAUAUACCGACAUGUUUACCACCGUCUCCGCCCAACCACCAGCCCGGCAAGUUAAUCUGUUUCUACCUUUCUCCGCCAUUUGCUCUAGUGCGUUAUUGUUGUUGGUGUUAUUGCUUGCUUGCUUGCCUUCCAGGUGCAGUACUGAAUAGAUGGUGCGAUAGGCAAACGACCGAAGGGCGAACCUGUGGGCAGUGAUUUGUCCAGUUGUUCCGGCAUGCCGUGCCUAUCGGAACACCAUGUUCCCACCACCCACCUACCCACCUACCUAGCAUGCGUUGCGUGUGUGCUCGACGGCUGUGGUUGGCGGUCGAGGCGGUGGUGGCAGCAAGUCGAUGCCAUUAGGAU